CACAGACACGGCGCUAAGGACCCCGUCAGUCUUAUUUAGUUCAUCACAUCACGUUUAACCUGGAUGGUUAACAGACAGAAACACAGAAUAGGGUCAAAAUGGCAGAGGUAAAGGUGAAGAAGGAGACGAACCUUUCAGAACCUGCGGAGAUAGAGAACAGAAUCAAAGAGCUGUGUCAGCAGUUUCCCCAGGGAAUCACGGACCAGGUGAUCCAGAAUGACAUGCCUCACCUGGAGCCUCAGCAGAGAGCCUUGGCCAUCAACAAGCUGCUGUCUCUGGGUCAGUUGGACCUACUGAGGAACAGCACUGGUCUCCUGUACCGGAUGAAGGACACUCAGGGAGCCAGUAAGAUGAAAGGUUCUGACAACCAAGAGAAGCUGGUCUACCAGAUCAUUGAGGAUGCAGGGAACAAAGGAAUCUGGAGCAGAGACAUCCGCUUCAAGAGCAACCUUCCUCUGACUGAGAUCAACAAGAUUCUGAAGAACCUGGAGAGCAAAAAGCUCAUCAAAGCUGUCAAGUCUGUGGCUGCGUCCAAGAAGAAGGUGUACAUGCUCUACAACCUGCAGCCUGACCGCUCAGUGACCGGUGGUGCCUGGUACAGCGACCAGGACUUUGAGUCCGAGUUUGUGGAGGUUCUGAACCAACAAUGCUUCAAGUUCCUGCAGAGUAAGGCGGAGGCAGCAAAGGACGGCAAGCAGAGUCCCAUGGUCCAGAGGAACAGUUCCUUUGCCACCUCCCACGAGGUUUGGAAGUACAUCUGUGAGCUUGGAAUCAGCAAGGUGGACCUUUCCAUGGACGACAUCGAGACCAUCCUGAACACGCUGAUCUAUGACGGGAAGGUGGAGAUGACUGUGAUCGCAGCGAAGGAAGGGACGGUGGGCAGCGUGGACGGACAGAUGAAGCUCUACCGGGGCGUCAACGCCAUCCUGCCCCCCACCGGCCUCGUCAAGACGCCCUGCGGACUCUGCCCGGUGUUCCACGACUGCCACGAAGGAGGAGAGAUCUCCCCGUCGAGCUGCAUUUACAUCAGCGAGUGGCUGGACUUCUGAUGACUGCUGGGGGCGGGGCUUGUGGAGAGAGAUGGGUGGGGGGAUGGGAGAUUCCAGACUUUUGGAUCACACCCAGAAUGAGCAAGAUCUGUGGGUUCUGGGUUCCGCUUAGUGCUGCUGAGGGAUCUUCCGGGUUCCUGCGGUGAAACGGAGCAGAGUUUCUGCAGGAACAGCCUGAACGUCAGAGAUCAGCUGAGUGUUUCCCUGAUGGGCCGUCUGCAGACUGAACAGCAGAUCGAUGCGCUGCUUCCAUCUCAGCUCCCAGUUUUCCAUCAGAGCCCGUCCCGGACCUCCAUCAGGCUCUAAUGGACUGUGUGCUGACGGUCAGCGGGGAUCAUCUUACACAACAUCAUGUUUCUGUAUCGACCCGACAGGAAGUCACUCAUCAAACAGAGCUUCAUCACUGAGGGAGAAAAACAAGCAGAAAUCUACAGAACAUGCUAUGAAGGCUUUGGAACCAGACAAACCAGUUAGUACUGGGUGUUCAGACUCCAGUUUCUAGUUCUGUUGGGUCCAAACAAAAUUCUCCCAGAGAACAAAACCAGAAUUUUAGUUUGUUUGCUUUGAAUAAAACUGUAAAAACCUGCAAGUUUUUGGGUCGUGUUCUAACAGCGGCCCAGACUGGUUCUGUUCCGAUGACUGAAGUCCAUUCAAUAAAAAUAU